AUGUUCAAAUGCAAUAGCUGUAAUAAUCAGUUCCGUGAUGGAGCUCUCUGCUCUAUUUGUCAAGGACACUACGACUUCGCCUGCGCAGGAAUUACGGAAACGGGAUACCGCAGACUAGGAGAGAGAAAGUCUAUGUGGAGGUGUCCUACCUGCAAGAAUUCUAGAUCAGAAAGCCCGCUCCCACCUCUUCUGAAGUCCCCUGUACCAGCGGAUAUGGACACCGUGAUGGCGGAGCUUAAGCAACUCUCCGCACAAGUGGCCUUGCUUCCAGAGCUAAAUGCUAGCAUACAAACAAUCAAGGCCGAAUUGUCCGAGCUAAAGACAAUAAAGACUGAAAUGUCUGACAUCAAGACUUCCAUCGAGUUUGUAGACCAUAAAAUAGGGACUCUCUCUGAUAGGAUUGGUGAAAUUGAAAAGGACAUAUUGCAUCUUCAGAACACAAGACAUGACGUGGACUGCUUGCAGUUGCGUGUAGAGAAAUUGGAGCAGCAGCUAAAAGAUAACGAUCAACGUUCACGUCUUAACAACGUAGAGAUCAAAGGUGUUCCAGUUUCUCAGACCGAGAACCUUUUCAGCAUUAUAGCUAAUAUUGGGGCUCACAUCAAGUGUGUUUUACCGAAAGAGCAAAUUAACUAUAUUGCCCGGGUGCCCAUGCGCAAUGACAAAAACAAUAAAACAAUUGUGGUAGGUGUACACAGCAGAUACGUAAAGGAUGAGUUUGUUGCUGCCGCAAAAAAGUGUACCACAAUUGCUACUGAUUUGGGACUCCAAGGUACCAACCGGGUAUAUGUUAAUGACCAUCUCACACUAGACAACAAAAUAUUGCUCAAUAAAGUCAAGACGACGACUAAGGACCGUGGGUACGCAUUCACUUGGGUCAAAGGAUGUAAGAUCUUCGUGCGAAAGAGUCCUGCUUCUCCCGUGAUAGUUAUUAAAUCAGAAUCCGAUUUAAAAAACUUAUAA